AGGUGGGGAGGAAUUGCAUUUGGUAGCCAGUAAGGAUCCUGUAAAGUUGGGAGGGCAAAUCGGUUUUAUCUCACAGGACAACUCUAAUGGAUCCACGCUGCAGUGAGGUUUCUGAGGCUGCAUCCCAGUCUCAGCUGAAGGGAGGACAUUGAUUGAUUAGUGAUGUCUGCUCCAGGCACAGCACUGCUGAGUGGUGGUGUGUGUGCCGUGUGUUUGCCAUCCCUGUGAUAAAGCUUCUUAAGUGGGCUAAGCUAUGAGAGAGUGAUAAAGGGGGGCAGGGCCAUCACUAACUGGGGAGACAGGAGACCCACAUAGUAGUUGGAGUUUUGUCAGCAUCCACUUGUAUGCCUUGGUCUCUCUGAGCCUGAAUUUCUGUAGAUAAAAAAUGAGGAAGGGUGGGUAAGACAAUGUCCACAUCCUGACAUUCAGCAGUGUUAGGACAAGAGCCAUGUCUUUUCAUGGUCCACGGGGUAGUAUACAGGACACAUUUCUUUUGGACAUCCUGGACACAAGCUUCCACUGCGGGCCCUGACUGGGCAAGGCCCAGAGUGCGGGGCAGCUGCGACCCAGUCCAGGGUCCCAGGUUCAGUGUGAGAGGUGCUGGAAGCGCCUUCGCUGACAGGAAGGCCUGGGACUCUUCUCUGGGGCCCUGUAUUUCAUGCGCCUGUUGGCUUUGGGGUUUACACAGGAUGUUUUGUUCACAAGGCUGAGCCGGCCCUGAUAAAGUGACUCUCAAAUGGGGGUAGAGAGUGUGUACCCCCAUAUCCCCACAGAGCAAAACAGGGUUGAGGGCAGCCAGGGUCUGUCCCAGGCGGAGCUGAUACCCUGAGAGUCUGUGGCAGCCCCAUCCCCACCAGGCUGGCCCUCAGCCCCCUGGUCCACCUCGUGGCAGUGGCCCAGAGCUUCUUACAAGUUCUUGGAUGUCUGCUGUCGCUCAGGACGAGGGUGUCUCCCACCUGAAGACGACAAGCCCGGUUCUGAGUGAUGUGUCUGAGCUGAGUGCCCGUGGCCCCACCCUUCCCUAUGGAGAAGGGACUCGCUCUACCCCAGGACUGCCGGGACUUUCUGCACAGCCUGAGGAUGAGAAGCAAAUAUGCCCUUUUCCUGGCUUUCGUAGUGGUGGUUUUUGUCUUCAUUGAAAAGGAAAACAAAAUCAUCUCAAGGGUGUCAGACAAGCUGAGGCAGAUCCCACAGCCCCUCGUAGAUGCCAACGGCACCGACCCAGCCCUGAUCUUGGCCGACAAUGCGUCCCUCUUGUCCCUGAGUGAGCUCGAUUCGGCCUUCACCCAGCUGCAGGGCCGCCUGCGAAACCUCAGUCUGCAGCUGGGUGUAGAGCCAGCAGGGGAGGCCGAGUCGGAGGAGGCCCGGGCGGAGGCCGGGGAAGAGGAGCCACCGCCACCCCCCGGGGCGCGGCCGCGGCGCCACGUGCUCCUCAUGGCCACCACCCGCACCGGCUCCUCGUUCGUGGGCGAGUUCUUCAACCAGCAGGGCAACAUCUUCUACCUCUUCGAGCCGCUGUGGCACAUCGAGCGCACGGUGUCCUUCGAGGCGGGAGGCGCCAACGCUGCGGGCUCGGCCCUGGUCUACCGUGACGUGCUCAAGCAGCUGUUUCUGUGCGACCUGUACGUGCUGGAGCACUUCAUCAGCCCCCUGCCCGAGGACCACCUGACCCAGUUCAUGUUCCGCCGCGGCUCCAGCCGCUCGCUGUGCGAGGAGCCCGUGUGCACGCCCUUCGUCAAGAAAGUCUUCGAGAAGUACCACUGCAAGAACCGCCGCUGCGGGCCCCUCAACGUGACGCUGGCCGCCGAGGCCUGCCGCCGCAAGGAGCACAUGGCCCUCAAGGCCGUGCGCAUCCGGCAGCUGGAGUUCCUGCAGCCGCUGGCCGAGGACCCCCGGCUGGACCUGCGCGUCAUCCAGCUGGUGCGGGACCCGCGGGCCGUGCUGGCCUCCCGCAUGGUGGCCUUCGCAGGCAAGUACGAGGGCUGGAAGAAGUGGCUGGCGGAGGGCCAGGCGCGGCUGGGCGAGGACGAGGUGCAGCGGCUGCGGGGCAACUGCGAGAGCAUCCGGCUGUCGGCCGAGCUGGGCCUGCGGCAGCCCGCCUGGCUGCGCGGCCGCUACAUGCUGGUGCGCUACGAGGACGUGGCGCGCUGGCCGCUGCGCAAGGCGCGGGAGAUGUACCGCUUCGCCGGCAUCCCCCUGACGGCGCAGGUGGAGGACUGGAUCCAGAGGAACACGCAGGCGGCGCAGGACGGCAGCGGCAUCUACUCCACGCAGAAGAACUCCUCGGAGCAGUUCGAGAAGUGGCGCUUCAGCAUGCCCUUCAAGCUGGCGCAGGUGGUGCAGGCCGCCUGCGGGCCCGCCAUGCACCUGUUCGGCUACCGGCUGGCGCGGGACGCCGCCUCCCUCACCAACCGCUCCGUCAGCCUGCUGGAGGAGCGCGGAACCUUCUGGGUCACGUAGGCGGACUGGGGCCCGCGCGCACCCCUCCUUGUGGAAGGCCCACCCUUGCCUUCCUCGCCCCCCACCCCGGCCGAGGGUGCGACGGUGGCUCCCGCGGAGGGGGGGUGGGCGGGCGGCCUCUCGCGGAGCAGGCAGCCCUCCCGUAGCAGUAGGCGCCCCCCGCCAGCUAGCUCCCCCCCACCCCAGCCUGGGGCCUGGGGUCUCUCACCGAGAGCCAGACAGUGCCUGUGCCGUGAGGGCCGCCAGCACCGAAGGGGCUGCGGUCUCCUGAGCAGGCCCACACAGGCCCAGAACUAUUCACAUGCCUUUCUCUCUCUCUCUCUCUGUCUCUCUCUCUCACACACACACACACACAGGGAACACGCCUAAGUGCCUGCAGACCCUGUGGGUCAGAGUCCCAGUGUUGAACCAGAAGGGGCUGUGGGCACGGACCAGUCACAGCAGCCCUCCUGCGUACUCAGCGUUCAUCUUACAGUUUCUGGAUUUCUACACAAUCCAGUGUGGAAUCCGCAUGGAUCCCUGGGGAGGGACUGUAAACAGCCCAGAAUGUCUGAGGACGGCCGUUGGGGCUUUUCAACCAAGAACGAUUCAGUAUUUUCAUAAAUGGAAGAGCCGUGCUGGCUCCUGAUGAGGUCAGCCCCGCACAGAACUGUGAAACACACUCACAUGUGUGAAGACAGCGCCUCUGUGCACACCACACACAGGCCCAAACUACGUAGAAACCCAAAUCCACACACACUCAGACCAGACAAGCUUCCCGGUUGCUUUAUGCCCACAAGAUUCAACUAUCACAGACCUAAAGACGAGACUUUCGUUACAUUUUUAAACUAUUUGGGGAUGAGGAAGGAAACACAGGUUUGGGACUGAACAGUAGACACAGAAGGGCCGAGUCUGCGGCCCCUGCCCGCCUUGGUUUCUCCUGGCUACCGCCUCUGGCCCAUUUACGUCCUCCCUGCUGGCAGGCAGGAUGUUUUGAAAUGGUGUGGACAACCCUCACAUGAUUACAGCCUAAAUGCCCGGUCCCAGCUGGGCUGGCUCUCCGAGAGCAUGUCCAUGUGUGAGGGCUGCCUCAGGCCUGACCGGAGGCAAAAGGCAGCUGACCGGUUCUGCCAUUUUCAGCCAGGCCUCGUGUGGGGCAGGGCCCAGAAGAGAGUGCAGAGUGCUCCUGGGGGAGAAGUCACAUCAGGAUACCCCCUCCCCUGAGAAGACAGGGGACAGAGGUCAGCCUCAUGGCUGGUCACCAUGGUUACGUGGUUAGUGUCUGGAAUUCCAACAUUUAGGGCUCUGGGAAGAGUGUUGCUCAACUUGAGUUAGGCUGGGUGUUUUAUUUGGGUUUUUUUAAAAAAAAGUUAUUUAUAGUUUCGUAUCUUGUUUUGUGGCUAUGUUUUUUAUUUUCUUUCUGCAGGAGUGCAACUUGGAAGCAAUCUGGGUGUGAGGAGGCUGGGAGGACCAGCAGGGAGCACUCUGGCUCCUGCUGGAGGGAGAGGAGGAGGAGGAAGGAUCAGAGCCUAGGUGGCCAAAUGGCAGCCUGCAGUGCCCCACGGGCUUUACUGUUUGAGCCCCAUGUGGAAUGAAUCUCAGAAACCACCAGCGUUCUUUGCUGUGUGUCCAGAAGCAACAUAAAUCAGCUCUCGCCCUCUCCCCGAGAUGAGGCCAGAUUUGAACAUCUCUUCCAGGUCCGAAUGCCUUUCCUGGGAGAAUCAGGCGCCUGUGGCCAAGCAGCAAAUGUCCCCAAACUGGGGAGCAGAACUCAGUCCCCUUCAGAGCUUGAAGAGCUGCACAAGUUCACUAGAGCUGUUUCUGAUUUCCUGGACAACUUCUCUGUCAGAUCUGUCCUGUUGUCAAACCAGAGGGCUGAGUUUCGGUCUGAGUAAUACGGACACAAGGGAACUACAGGAUCUGAGUCCAGCUGGUGCCGCCAUGGGGAGUGUGUCCUGGCCAGAAGCUGCUGGUUGAGACGGUGAGGACCGCAGCCAUUUCGUGGGGUCUGUGCUAAUCACUGCUUGAAGCUGCUGGGUCUCCAACACCGUGGACUGCAGCCAUUCAAGGAGGUGUCCGGUCCCAGAAACAAGUCAUGCAGGGAGCUGGCUCGAAUUUGGGGUCCAAAGGGACUCCAGCCCUGAAAACUUGACCCUGGGGCAGAGGGGGACCAUGAUGUUUCUGGCAAGCACAGAAUGCUGGCUGUUCCUCCCCACCCCCACCCUGCUCCCUGCACUGUUCCCCACCUGUGGUUGGUGGGGGCUGGGGCAGGGAUGGAGGCAGGCACCUCCAUCUGGGACUCUUCUUGGGGGCCCCCCUGGUGUGGACAGCAAACUUCUUCCUUCUUUCCUCCCUGUGUUUCUGGGGCCAGGGUCUCCACCCCCGGAGCUCUGAGGACAGUGCCGAGAAUGGACCUUUGGGACUUCUCAGGACACUCACAAUUUGUACACUGCAAGUUGACUUAAUUUAUUUAUUUUGUGACAAAGAAGAGACAUAAAAUACCUUAUUAUUUGCAGGGACUCAAAGCUGUACCCAAAUCAAGGAAGACGAAACAGUAAUAGAAACCGUUGACUCGCGCCAUACACACAAGGGCACUUGAAGAAGACGAUUCAGAAUACCAGAGAAGAGUCAACCCCAGGGCAGGGGGAUUGCACUGGCCCCGGGGUGUUGUUUAAGGAGGUACCUUGGUUUUUUCCUCGUAGUUUGGAAGAUGCGACAUUGGAGGCUCUUUCUGCUGUAUUCCCUUUGCCCUGGUGUCUGAAACAGGACACAGCUCUAGAGGGAGCCCUCAGCAGCGCUCCAGGAACCCUCGGGGUUUGGGGAAGGACAGGGUGGGGGCGACUACUGACUUUACACUCUGGGGAACCUAGUUGGGGGUAUGCAUUUGGGGUUUUCAGCAGGCAGCUGGGACGAGGAAGGUGGUCCAUCUGGGGCGAGUGCCUCCCCUUCCGGCGAGGCCAGCCCUGGCUUCUCUGCUCUUGCUGGCUCUAGCAGCAGCCUUUCCCCGCUCAGCGUCCACCUGCCUGCAGACAGAGGGAGCAACUGAGGCCUCACCUCUGGGGCUGCCGGCUUCUCCGGAACAAGAGGCCCAUUCAGCAAUGAGUGUUGACUCAUUUUCUUUUUCCUGAUGAAGACCUCUUUAGCCUGGCCUAUAUAAAUAGUUCAGAGCAUUCCAGGCCUUAGUGAGACAGGGCAGUGUCUAACAGCCACAGGCUGUCGCUGCGGCUGCCUAUUCCUGGCUUCUCCUCUGGCCUCGUUUGUAAACCUUGGAGGGAAUAAGGGCACCAGGUUGGGGGUGGGGGUCUUUGGGAGCAGUCCAUGGGGAGCAGAGUUCCUGAGUCCCCACAGAGAGGAAAAAAGAAGCAGAUUCGCAGCUCUGUGGCAUUCCCCCCCCCCCAACUCCCACCGCUGCAGGUUAUCAGUUCUUACUAAGGUUGAGGGACAUGAACAAAAUCUAGUCUUUGGUCCCUUUAUGUGAUACAUACACUUGAAAAUAAAUAACUCGAUGAAUAGGAAGAAAAUGUUUAGUGAAGAUUUACUCCCUGCUUGGGAACACCCUCAGCCAGGGGCUGGUCUAACGGAGCAGCUGUUGCCAGGACCCCUGAGAGCAGAGGGCCCACCCAAGCCAUUACAAUGGCAUCUUUCCCCACCACCUCUGUCCUGUCUGAUGAUGGAGCAAGGCCCAGCAGGAAGUCAGGGGAUCCCUGUCCCAGGAGAUGGGCACUUGGCCUGGAGAGGUAAGCACCAGAUAGUCUGGUCCUGAUCCCAGACGUCUCUCAGCCCUGGUGGUAUUUUCCCACAUUAGGGCCUGUUUUAAUUGACUGCAGGGCCUGCCCCUUGCUAAGCCCUGGAUUAUGAAGGAUAGGAGCAGAAGAGCAGAUGGCCGCAUCCCUGAGGAGGUCCCUUGCUCCCAUCCCCCAGGCUGAAAGCAAAGGCAGGUCCUGAAGGGAUGGAUUUCGGGGGCAGGAAGAGAAGGGGGUGGGCAUGGGGAAACGCAUCUGCAGAAGCCAAGUAGGUCUUGCCGAUCUGCACAAAGUGGAAGGGGCAUCUGCUGAACUCCCAAGGUCCCAGGUGGGUGGGUUUGCUCGUGGAGAUUGCCAGGAUGCGGUCCAGCUGGAUGAGAGGCAAAAAGCUUCCUGGAUACUUCCUGAAUGCCACCGCAUCGCCUCUCGGCUGCCCACAGUUUCAGGAAUAGUGGAAGCUGCCCUUUACCUCAAAAGGAGGAAGCAGAAUUGGCAAAUUCAGAUGCCUUAAGAGCUUGGAAAUCCUUUGGUCUCAUAUCCUUUGUCAUUCCAGGACUGUGCCCGGGGACAAAUGAGUUGUGUAUUUCCAGGGAUAUGGGUGCAGUGUCAGCCCCAUGGGCCCAGCUCAUAAUGUAGACCAGAUAUUUUAUUUGGGAAAAUACCCUGCUUCCUCUACCAUUGGGCUUCCUCUACCAUUGGGCACCCCAGAAGUUUCCAUCUCGUCUGUAUGUUCUAAGCCAAGUGUGCCUGGCUCCCCUGCUCCCUCCUGGAUCCCACAGACUCUGUCUUCUUUUUGCCAAGACCUCAGCUCUGUGUCAUGUUUCGUGGCCGCAUGGUAUGGGACACUCCCUUAGCAGCCACGUGUGGCCAUGUGUGUCCACAUGUGUGUAUGUGUAGCCUGCAGCUCCUUCUGCUCGGCCACGUUGCCCCCAGCCCCUCUUGCCAUCGAAUGUCCCAGAUGUCCUUGCCGUGGCUGCAAUCUGCCAUCUCCUGGAAACGCAGGGGCCACCACCAGUCAGGGUCUGCUUUGUGGAACAGAAUGUGAACCAUCACUUGAUGGCUUACUUGACUUAUUUAAUUAAAAAUGAAAACAUGCAGUGAGCAAAAUCUGAA